AUGCGACCUCUCAACCAAACCUCCAUCUCCACAAAAUAUGUCCGCCAAACACCCUUCUCCGUCCCUCUUCGCCGAACCCUCUCCACCACCACGCCACCACCACCACAACAACCAUCUCAAUCACCACCCUCGAACCCCAACAAGAAACGCCUCCACGAGCUCACCCCCACCGACAUAUCCUACUACUGGGACACCACAAUCCCAACUCCCCCGCAACUCACCUACGCCGACAAGAUCUUCACGCCCACCCGCCACGGCCCCAUUAAACUCUGGUCCGCGAGUAAAUUCCGAACCACGCCGCUGUCGUCUGUGGAGCCGGAAGUCGCCUUCUUGGGACGUUCCAAUGCGGGUAAAUCCUCGCUGCUGAAUGCUGUCAUGGGGAAGGAGAUCUGUUGGACGUCGUCGAAGCCGGGGCGCACGAGGGAGAUGAAUGCGUUUGGGAUCGGGGGCACGAAGGGGGGGGAGUCGAAGGUCGUGUUGUUGGAUAUGCCGGGGUAUGGGCGGGCGAGUCGCGCGGAGUGGGGGGUGGAGAUUAUGAAGUACUUGCAGGGGAGAAAGCAGCUUCGACGAGCGUUCCUCCUCAUUGACAGUGACCAUGGAAUCAAGAAAACAGACAAAGAUAUCCUAAUGCUAUUCCGACGAUACGCGAUCCCACAUCAAAUCGUCCUCUCGAAAGUCGACAAAGUGCUAGCGAAGAAGAAAAGCCAAGUGAAAAGCGGCGUGUCGACCGCCAGCGUCGCCUCGUUACAGAAAAUGCUACAGGGCCUGAGACCCGUCGUGCAGCCAGUCGUCCAAGUGGAGGGCCCCGGUGCGCUAGGGGAGAUCUUGACGUGCAGCGCGGAGACGACAAUGGGUCCGGGACAGGCGUUGGGGGUCAGCGCUUUGCGGUGGGCCAUUCUGUCGGCGGCCGGGUUGGACGGAAAGGUCGAAGCGCGGGCGGAAGCGGCUUCGUCGUCUGUUUUUACUCUGUCUGCGUCUGUGUCGUGA